CACUUCCUCAUUUCCUCCUGAAGCACUUCAGGAACCCGAUAAGCCCUGCAGGGUCGAAACUGCAGGCCUCAGGCGGCUUGGGCUUAUGAGAAGCUGACCUCUGCUUCCAGGAGGUCACGCUGACAUCACGGGUUGGAAGAAGUCCGCAAGGUCUCAGGGGCAUCCUUUAAAACGAGAGACCACGUAAGGUCGCGGGUGUCUCCAGCCACACAGCGGAGAGCAUCCCUCGGUGGAGCGGGUCCCACGAAGGCCGGCCUGGCCUCCGACACGGCUGGGUAGCGCCUGGCGGGCGGCCUUCGAGCCUGGCUUUGCAGAGCUCCCCACACGCAGGCACAGAGCCCACCCCCCACCCACUGCUGCCGACACUUGCUCCCAAGCCUCAAGUCCGCACCGAUCUGCGGUGUCUUGGGUGCAGUUUGGACGGGGCGCCUUACGUAAUGAUCGGUGAUUCCAGCCAUUUGACACAAGCCAAGGGAGAAAAAAAGAAAAAAGUCUGGCUGGCAUCUGAUCUUAUGAGCUUUUGCUUUCAUGGCAAGAAGCGAGAGAUGAUCUCUGGGCGUAGAGAUCCCCACAUUCCCGGGCCUGCUGCUCUCGGAAAGCGUUUCCAUUGCACCGUGUAGGGAGCACAGGACAUCAGAAAACCAGGGGCUCGUGUGCACCAGGGCCUGGACACCCCCCCCCCGCCCCCAACCCCAACAGGCUCAUUUAAAGACACUCUUACGUAAUAGAUCAGUAAGAAGGAGAGACACAGGACGGGACUCUCUCCUCAGCAGCAAAAUCGGAGUGUCCGGAGAUGUUUGGUAACCGUCUCAUCCCCGCCCCCCUUCUGGUGCUCAGAUAACGUGGAAAAUGUGAGUCUCGGUGUUUCCACGUUUCAAGCUGCCUGGCGGCUUUAAAACAGAUUCCAGCCAUCACAGCUCUAGACCCAGAGGAAGACUGGCUCGGGGAAGGACGGGCGCCAGCCCGGAGGAGUGGAAGUUGGACCUCCGUAACGGGACGGCGACCACCGUCCACUGAGCACCGACCACAUGCCAGGAGGAGGGCCAGAGACGGACGACUAUAUGGAGACACUGAAGGAUGAGGAGGACGCCUUGUGGGAGAACGUGGAAUGCAACCGGCACAUGUUGAGUCGCUACAUCAACCCAGCCAAGCUCACCCCCUACCUGCGCCAGUGCAAGGUCAUCGAUGAGCAGGAUGAGGACGAAGUGCUCAGUGCACCCAUGCUGCCGUCCAAGAUCAACCGGGCAGGCCGACUGUUGGAUAUUCUGCACACAAAGGGCCAGAGGGGCUAUGUGGUCUUCUUGGAGAGCCUGGAAUUUUACUACCCAGAACUGUACAAACUGGUGACUGGAAAGGAGCCCACCCGGAGAUUCUCUACCAUUGUGGUGGAGGAGGGCCACGAGGGCCUCACGCACUUCCUGAUGAACGAGGUCAUCAAGCUGCAGCAGCAGAUGAAGGCCAAGGACCUGCAGCGGUGCGAGCUGCUGGCCAAGUCGCGCCAGCUGGAGGACGAGAAGAAGCAGCUGACGCUCACGCGGGUGGAGCUGCUGACCUUCCAGGAGCGGUACUACAAGAUGAAGGAGGAGCGCGACAGCUACAACGACGAGCUGGUCAAGGUGAAGGACGACAACUACAACCUGGCCAUGCGCUACGCCCAGCUCAGCGAGGAGAAGAACAUGGCGGUCAUGAGGAGCCGAGACCUCCAACUCGAGAUUGACCAGCUCAAGCACCGGUUGAAUAAGAUGGAGGAGGAGUGUAAGCUGGAGAGGAACCAGUCGCUGAAACUGAAGAACGACAUUGAGAAUCGGCCCAAGAGGGAGCAGGUCCUGGAACUGGAGCGGGAGAACGAGAUGCUGAAGACCAAAAUCCAAGAGCUGCAGUCCAUCAUCCAGGCCGGGAAGCGCAGCCUGCCCGACUCGGACAAGGCCAUCCUGGACAUCCUGGAACACGACCGCAAGGAGGCUCUGGAAGACCGGCAGGAGCUCGUCAACAAGAUCUACAACCUGCAGGAGGAGGUCCGCCAGGCAGAGGAGCUGCGGGACAAGUACCUGGAGGAAAAGGAGGACCUGGAGCUGAAGUGCUCGACGCUGAGCAAGGACUGCGAGAUGUACAAGCACCGCAUGAGCACCGUCAUGCUGCAGCUGGAGGAGGUGGAGCGCGAGCGGGACCAGGCCUUCCAUUCCCGGGACGAAGCGCAGACCCAGUAUUCGCAGUGCUUGAUCGAGAAGGACAAGUACAGGAAGCAAAUCCGAGAGCUGGAGGAGAGGAAUGACGAGAUGAGAAUCGAGAUGGUCCGGCGGGAGGCCUGCAUCGUCAACCUGGAGAGCAAGCUUCGGCGCCUGUCCAAGGACAGCGGCAGCCUCGACCAGAGUCUGCCCAGGAACCUGCCAGUGGCCAUCAUCUCUCAGAACUUUGGGGACGCCAGCCCCAGGAUCAACGGUCAGGAAGCCGACGACUCGUCAACCUCGGAGGAGUCACCAGAAGACAGCAGAUACUUCCUGCCCUGUCACCCCCCCAAGCGCAGGAUGAAUCUGAAGGGCAUCCAGCUGCAGAGAGCUAAAUCCCCCAUCAGCCUGAAGCGAGCCUCAGAUUUCCAAGGGCGAGGCCAUGAGGAAGAAGGCACUGACGCGAGCCCCAGCUCCUCCAGAUCCCUGCCCAUCACCACCUCGUUCUCCAAGAUGCAGCCCCACCGGAGCCGCUCCAGCAUCAUGUCGAUCACCGCUGAGCCCCCCGGAAACGACUCUAUUGUCAGGCGCUAUAAGGAAGACGCACCUCACCGGAGCACCGUGGAAGACGACAACGAGAGUGGCGGGUUCGACGCCUUGGACUUUGAUGACGACAGUCACGAGCACUGCUCCUACGGCCCCUCGUCCGUCCACUCCUCUUCCUCCUCCCACCAGUCCGAGGGCCUGGACGCCUACGACCUAGAGCAAGUCAACCUCAUGUUUAGGAAGUUCUCUCUAGAAAGACCCUUCCGGCCGUCUGUCACGUCGGUGGGGCACGUGCGGGGCUCCGGGCCCUCCACGCAGCACGCCAUGCUGAACGGCGACAGCCUCGCCUCACAGCUCACCCUGCUCGGGGGCAACGCCCGGGGGAGCUUCAUCCAGGCGGUCAAGCCGGGCUCCCCGGCCGAGAAGGCGGGCCUCCACGAGGGCCACCAGCUGCUGGGGCUGGAAGGCUACAUCAAAGGGGAGAGGCAGAGCGUCCCCUUGGAAACGUGCACGAAGGAGGAGGUGCACUGGACCAUCCAGAGGUGCAGUGGCCCCGUCACACUGCACUACAAAGUCAACCAGGAAGGGUACCGGAAGCUGCUGAAGGACAUGGAGGAGGGCCUGGUCACGUCCGGGGACUCGUUCUACGUCCGGCUGAACCUGAACAUCUCCAGCCAGCUGGACGCCUGCACCAUGUCGCUCAAGUGCGACGACAUCGUGCACGUCCGGGACACCAUGUACCAGGACAGGCACGAGUGGCUGUGCGCGAGGGUCGACCCUUUCACGGACCAUGACCUCGACGUGGGCACCAUACCCAGCUAUAGCCGAGCCCAGCAGCUCCUCCUGGUCAAGCUGCAGCGCCUGAUGCACAGGGGCAGCCGAGAGGAGGCGGACCCCACGCACCACACCCUGAGGGCGCUCCGGAACACCCUGCAGCCUGAAGAGCCGGUUUCCACCAGUGACCCCCGGGUCAGUCCCCGCCUCUCUCGGGCAAGUUUCCUUUUCGGCCAACUCCUCCAGUUCGUCAGCAGGUCCGAGAACAAGUACAAAAGGAUGAACAGCAACGAGCGGGUCCGCAUCGUCUCGGGGAGCCCGCUGGGGAGCCUGGCCCGGUCGUCACUGGAUGCCACCAGGCCCUCAACCGAGAAGCAGGAAGAGCCGGACCCCGAGAGCGAGCUCGGCAAGAACCUCAGCCUGAUCCCCUACAGCCUGGUGCGCGCCUUCUACUGCGAGCGCCGCCGGCCCGUCCUCUUCACGCCCACCGUGCUGGCCAAGGCGCUGGUCCAGAAGCUGCUCAACUCCGGAGGCGCCAUGGAGCUCACCAUGUGCAAGCCGGAUGUUGUCACCAGAGACGAGUUCCUCAGGAAGCAGAAGACGGAGACCAUCAUCUACUCGCGAGAGAAGAACCCCAACACUUUCGAAUGCAUCGUUCCCGCCAACAUUGAAGCUGUGGCCGCCAAGGACAAGCACUGCCUGCUGGAGGCCGGGAUCAGCUGCACCAGAGACUUGAUCAAGUCCAGGAUCUACCCCAUCGUGCUCUUCAUCCGGGUGUCGGAGAAGAACAUCAAGAGGUUCAGGAAGAUGCUGUCCCGGCCCGAGACGGAGGACGAGUUCCUGCGGCUGUGCCGGCUGAAGGAGAAGGAGGUGGAGGCCUUGCCCUGCCUGUACGCCACGGUGGAGGCCGACAUGUGGGGCAGCGUGGAGGAGCUGCUCCGCGUCCUCAAGGACAAGAUCAGCGAAGAGCAGCGCAAGACCGUCUGGGUGGACGAAGACCAGCUGUGAGGCGGCGCCCGGGGCCGAGGCGGCUCGGAGGGGCUUGCGGACCCCGGCGGGCGGUGCCGUGGGCGCGAGGGGGCCCCGUCCGCCCGGUCACGCGGGCCCCGGGGAGCUGAGGGGACGGACCCGGACCCAUCAGCUGGGAACGGGCCGCCCCGGCCGCACGCGUCGUCGCGACGCCAGGCCGGAGGCCAGCGGCCCCUCGGGAGCCGAACAGCCGACGAAUGUAACGCACGAACAGGUGUGCCAGCCGCGGGGCGGCGACCCUGAGCGCGGGGGCGCGCCCGCCGGCCCUCGGGACACAGCACGUACACGUUCCCGGGCAGGACGGCCGCGCGGAAGGGGAAGCCCGCCGCGCGGCGACUUUUCUCUUUUCUCGCAUUAAAACGUCUCCGUGUCCUCGUCCUCCACCUUUUCGAGAGCUGUUAGUACGUAGGAAUUUGCAGAGGGGCGGAGCCCUUGCUGAGCGCGCAGACCACUUCCGGAAGAGCUUGGGGCGGAGGCCACGUGCGGCGCGGGGAGCGGGCAGGGCCACCAUCGGCCGCGGCGCCCCCGGGACAGACCUGAUUUGAGCCUGGGCCUCGGGCGUGGUUACUAAUAACCCCUUUGACGAAGACACGUCCCGAUUUGCGUGAUAAGUUGUAGAGUCACUCUAGGAAGGGCCCUCCCUGGAAGGUCACCCUGCGCCCCCAGACCCCAGCCCUGAGGCCCGGGCCCCUCACUCGGCUCUCUGAUCCUCUGCACGUGGCGUCCAUCCGCGCAGCCCCACGUCGCCCUGCGGUUGGGCGCGUGGAGUAAGUAUCUCUGUUGGGUUUGUUUCCGCUGCCCAGGCGCUGGGGUGUGUGCGCGCGUGCGCGUCUGCCGGAAGCUCAUGCCUCCCUCCGCGGCAGAGAGCAAAGGCCCCGUGGGUUCUAGAGCCACUCUUCUCCCUGACCCCAUGGACGCAGACUUUCCCAGUAUGGACCCGGCAGGGUGUGGCCAAGCCAGGCCUCGUCCGGCCCGGCUCCGUGCUUCAUAUUCGGCAGGUGGCAGGCUGGGGUUCACUCCCAGCUCUGUGUGUUCGUGGGAACCGGGAGAAACUGCCGCUUGACAAACCAGGACCUGCAUUCCCUCCCUUACUAACAGAAUCCUGUUUUUAUUCUGGGAAACUACAUGCAGCUCAAAGACCAUAUUCCCCAGCUUCCGUUGCAGCUAGGGUAGUCAAGAAAAUGUAAGGCGGCAAGGUUUUGGGGGAAAGACAAAGCAGACCGGCAGCCCUUCCCCUAGUUUCCCGCCUGGAAUACAGCUGUGAUGGCUGGAGCUCCUGCAGUCACCUUGGACCUUGAGGCGACCUUGAGAACGGAAACCCUACACAGUGGAUGGUGGAACAGAAAAAGAAAAGGAGUCAGCAUGGCUGAUGGCACUUUGGAGCCCGGGACGACUGCUUGGGUUUUGUUUACAUGGGACAGAAAUAAAUUUAUGUUACAUGGUGGUCAUUUCCGUCCUUGGUUACUUGCAGCCUAAAGCAAUUCCUAACAGAUACAGGAGCAACCCUUGCUCUUAGAUACCAUGGGUGUGAGUUGAUCUGCUCGGUUUUUGCCACACGUUCAAGGUAGAAAUUAUGAAUAAAAGAGCUUCUGGUAAAUACCUCACCCUAGAAAACA